CCACUUUUCUUCGAUUCUGAAGAUGAACAAGAGGAAAUUGUUGCUGAGAGGAAUAUAUUAGAGAGUGAGGAAGGGGAAGAUAGCGAUUUAGAGAUUAUCGCUACAACUUCCAGCAAACGUAAACUAGAAAGAGCAGAUUCAGCUAGUGUGGUGGAAGUAGAGGCCGUAGACACGCGUUGUAAGAGAUUUAUUGGUGAGAUAAUGAUCAGUGGAUGGUCUACCGUCAAUGGUAAAGCGUAUAUCAGCAGUGGCGAGCAAGUUAUCAUUGAGAGAGAUAAGGGUGUAAAGACUAAAGUAGCAAAAUCUGAGAGCUCCAAACAAACAACCUUGAAGGGUUUUGCAGCUAAAUCAUCAAGGAAAUCCGAGAACACGGUAAUGAGAUUUAGAAACACGCGUGGAUUUGAAGUUGGAAGACUACCAUCGAACCAUUCUUCUUAUCUGUCCAAGUUGAUCGAUAAACAGGUUAUAGAGCUCACUGGUAUAGUAAUAGAUUGCGAAGAUACACUCAGAAGUGGAGACACAAUCGUGCUCUCGUUACAAGUCUACCUGCAUCCAAAUGCAUUUACAAAGAAAACAGAUAAUCUUUCGGGAUCCAAUAAAGUCUCGCAAAGUCAAGAGACAGAACAAGAAAAGCAGUUGUCUGACCGCCGGGAUGCUCUAAUGAAGAUUUUCCAAAACUCCCAUUUAGAACCAGUAGAGAGCAACGAUAUAACGAGAAAGCAUCGAAAACAAGGUACAAUCAUAGACAAUAAAUCACAAGUAGAACAUUUUAAACAAGCUGCAUCACAAGUUAAUAAAUCUGAUAAAGUAAACAAAAAGGACAGUAAUGUUAUCAAUAUUGAUGACAGUAGUGACGAGGACUGUGCGCCACCCAUACAGAAAACAGCCAGUGCUGGCUCCAGUGAUAGUCGCGAUGAUGAGAAUGCUCAAGAUAAGGUCAAUGAUGAGCAGCUCAGCGUUGUCUAUAGUCGGGCGGGUAAUACUGGUAGGAAUUUACAGCCGAUCGAUCCACCGGACAGUUUUCAUUUGACACUGCGCAAUUAUCAAAGGGAGGCUCUGAGUUGGAUGACUUCCAUGGAAAGCGGUUCUAAUGAGCCACAUGCGCAAGUUCUACAUCCUCUUUGGGAGAAAUACCGUUAUCGAAAUCACUCGGAAACCAAUGGCGAACCCGAUUACUUCUAUUUCAAUCCAUACUCGGGCGAAUUAUCCACUAUCUUCCCAUCAGCUAGUAAAACAUUGAGAGGUGGUAUAGAGGGAGAUGAAAUGGGUAUGGGUAAAACCAUCAUGAUGACAGCUCUUAUGCAUCACAAUAAAAGAGUGAAUAUGUCUUGGCAUAAACAACAGCAUAUAUCUACCAGCGGUAAACAACAAACUUUGGAUACAAUUAAAACCAAUAAACCGGUGGAAAUAGACCAGUCGGAUUCAGAUGAAGAAUACAAGCUCACGAAAAGCCAAGAAAAUCGCGAUGAUGAGGAUGAAAAACCAAAAAAGAGGCGGAAACAAGAGAAAUCGACGAAGAAAACAGCAAAGAAGGUUGGUCCUGCUAGACAACCAGGAGGAUUUAAGGCGCUCAGUGAUUCGACCCUUAUUGUCGUUCCUAUGUCUCUUCUUGGACAAUGGCGGGAUGAAAUAGAGCGUUGUUCAGUGAAAGGCACUAUACGUACGAUUAUGUACUAUGGCGAUAACCGUGGAAACCUGGAGAAGCAAUUGAAGAUGCGUGCUAGAGAAGAAGAUAAGGAUGGCAAUGUCAUUGAUUAUUCCAAUGCCAUCAACAUUGUUAUAACAAGCUAUGGUGUUCUUAUUAGUGAAUACCAAGCCUUCUCGAAACAUUCAGAUGAACCAGUGUCUAUUCCAACAGUUUUUGACUUUUAUUGGCACAGAGUGGUUCUUGAUGAAGCCCAUCAUAUCAAGAAUAGGUCAACACUAAACGCUAAGGCUGCUUUUGAGAUAGCUGCGUAUAGAAGAUGGGCUUUGACAGGUACACCUAUCGUCAAUCGACUUGAAGACCUUUAUUCGCUAUUGAAGUACUUGAAGGUAGAACCAUGGUCAGAUUUCACUUUCUUUAAGAGCUUUGUUACCGCUCCUUUCGCCAAUCAAGAUCCAAAAGCAAUCGAAUUGAUACAGGUAAUUAUGUCAUCCUGUUUACUAAGAAGAGAAAAGAAUAUGAAAGACAGUGAUGGCAAACCAAUCGUCACACUUCCAAAGAAAUUUGUCAAUAUUGUUAAAUUGGAGUUCUCACCUGAGGAAAGACAAAUAUACAACGCGAUAUACAAGAAAGCUAAACGUAAAUUUGAUGCUUUGAGUCAUAAAGGGAUGUUGUUGAAGAAUUAUAGUAAUAUUUUUGCAAUGUUGCUUAGACUUCGUCAAGCGGCUUUACAUCCCUUUCUAGUGACUUCUGGUGGUAAUAACAAGGAGAAUGAUAGUGAGGGCGUCGAUGAAGAUGAUGGCGGUGUUACAGGUAUUGAUAUACAGUCGAUGAUUGCUAAGUAUGCCGCUGGGGGUGAUUCAAAUUAUGCACAACAAGUGCUUAAUGAUCUUGCACAAGCAAACAACAAUGACCAGGUCGAUGAAGAGGAAAAUGAAUGCCCUAUAUGCUUUGAAAACAUGUCUAUACCAGUAUUGCUUCCAUGCAUGCAUAAAAGUUGUAAGCAAUGCGUUUUGGAAUACUUUGACAAGUUGGAAGAUAAAGGAGAAAUGACGUCUUGUCCGACCUGCCGUGUGGGUCCAAUACGAACAGACCAGCUACUUGAAGUAGUUUACGGCGAGCCUACAUCACAGAAUGAUCAAGUAGUCAGACUGCGUAAAGCACACAAUUUCCAAACAUCUGCCAAAUUAAGAGCAUUAACUGAGCAUCUCAACCAGUUACGCAAAAACGAAGGAAAUUUCAAGGCUGUCGUUUUCUCCCAAUUCACAUCAUUUUUAGAUUUAGUAGAAGACUCUCUACAGAAAGAAGAUAAUUUUAAGUAUUUGAGACUCGAUGGUUCAACAUCUCAGAAAAAUCGUGAAAUUGUUCUCAAUGAGCUAGAUAGGUAUGAUGGAACCGUGAUUUUGCUUAUAAGUUUGAGAGCUGGUGGUGUCGGUCUAAACCUCACAUCCGCAAAUAGAGUGUUCAUGAUGGAUGUGUGGUGGAAUGAAGCGAUAGAAAAACAAGCAAUUGAUAGAGUUCAUAGAAUAGGUCAAGAGAAGGAUGUUCACGUUGUGAGAUUCUGCAUAGAGGAUACAAUUGAAGAUCGUGUAAUGCAUAUACAGAAACGCAAAUCCGCGUUAGUUGAUAACGCACUUGGUGGUAAAUCAUCAGAAGAGAAUCGACAAGAGAGAAUUGAAAAUCUCAAGCUGAUAUUUAGCCAGUGAAUUUCUUAAUUAAUGAUACAAGAAUAUGUUUAAUGUCAGUACACUUGGUGUUGUUCUAUGUAUUUUAUAACUCUAUUACUUCCAACUUGAAGCUAUAUUUGCUGCAAUUUUUUCAUAAACGAGUAGCCGUCCUUGCUCCUCGUCUUCUAUCAAUGAGAGACCAAGCGAAGGGUUACUGAGACCUUCACUUCCAGGUAAAGAAACACCUGUUGGUGCCAAUGGUGUUGCAUGUCUCCCUUUCAAUUUCCUAGCGAGUUUGUCCUCGGCAUCAGCCCAAAACAUGACCCAUCCACCUGCCUUUCUCGCUGCUUCGGUUUUACCUUCAACCCUCAAGAAUCCCGUUGCACGUUCGAAGUACCACUUAUUGAUAGGAUUAUUCCCACGAGAUCUCCAUACAAGGUCUUUACCAACACCUUUACCCUCUAGACCGCCAUUUGUAUUGAGAGCAUCGAGUAAUCCCAAACCGAAACUCUCAUCUCGAAGGGCUAACCAGAGGAAGUCAACUGUACCAUCCCCUUGCAUAGAUGGUAAGACAGCGAACUUAUCUAAAUAGGCGAUAGCUUCGGCAUUUUCAUUAUCUGGGUCAACUUCAUUAGUGACUAUCGCACAUCCGCCAUAAUCUCCAGCGAUAAUGACGAAAUCUAGUGAUUUUUUGAGUCGUCCAUAGAAUGCUUCUCUAUCAAGAACUCUCUUGAAAGAUGAUUCAAGAAGAUGAGUCAAUUUAUCUUGAUCAAUAUCAUCAAAGUUGCGAAUACACUGUAUAGGAGCACCUAAUCUGACAGAUGUAGGAGUAUGUGUAGUAAUCUUAUCUGAUGUAACGAGAAGUUCGUGGGGUAAAGAAGCUGAAUGAGCGGGUUUGUUAGUUAUCAAAUUUGCGACGAGUUCCAUUGCAGAACGAUGUCCAACGAUGAGUGCGGUUGACGACUGCGGCAUAUUCAUUAAGCAUCUACGCGCAAGAGAUAAGUUUGUGAGAGCCGAUGGAUGGGAAGAUUCCCAUACGAAUGUUGAUGCAAUGUGUUCGUGUUCGCUAGAGAGGUUUAUAGAUAAGUGAGGUAAACCAGAACGUGCGGGUGAAGGUAUACCACCUGUUUUUGUGAUAAUUAGCAAUCUUAAAGGUGAUAUAUCCAUUGUUAAUUUCUUAGCUUCUUCAGAUUUCUGUGAUUGCGCUUCAACCAAUGAUUCUGAGAGUGCGACAAGUAUUUCGUCGGCAUGUACAGGUAUCGUUUUGAGGUCAUCAUUUAUUGCAAAUGAAGGAAUAACUGGGGUGAUACGUUUCUUUAUCGCUUUGCGGAUUUGUACCAAAUCGGACAAAUUAAUGUGACAGGUUUCAGGAGCGUGCCUGGCUUUUUGAUGUUGACGAGAAGUGGCCCAUUGUGGUAAGCAUUUAGGGGAGCUAUCUAAGUGCGCUAUUGGGUGUAAAAUUGGUAUUGCUUCGCUUCCUUCUUCGAUCAGGGUUUCUGUUACACGUAUGACUUCCUCCCUAAUGUCAGUCAUCAAUUGACUAACUGCUACUGGUCCAUUAUUCUUAGCUCGCUUGAGACGUUCUAUCGACCAUAACUCUGAAUCGACAACUACUACACUGACAAGACCCAAUUCUCGCAGAUGAUUCAUCCCGAAUCCGAUACUAUCGAGCUGCCUAUCUGUGAAUGGACCUUGUAAUUUAACCAAACCUGUGCGUGGGUUUAUAGGAUCUAAUAUUUCAUCCUCUGGGGCUGUAGUUGUAGUAGAUAACGGUGUUGUGGGAUCAAUCUCGUUGAGAGCCCUGAUAGGCAAACUAUGAUUAACAUCGCCGUUAGUUGACUUCUGUGGUUUCCUAAACGACGCCAGGAAAGACUUGGAAUCUCUAGCAGAUGGUCUAGCGUUGAGAACAGACAAGAUAAGGUCUCGCUGUUGAUGCCAGUAAUCAGUUCUGGCUAGUCUCGCGGAUGAAGACAAGUAUCGCUUCAUAUAUAGUUGAUGGUGGUCUGACUCAGAGGAUUGUUAUAGAGAUAAUUGUCUAUCAAGCUGAUGUAGAUAUUAUCUACUUCAGAAUACGGCAACGAUCACUGACAC